GGUUGAGCUAUGGUAUGGCAUGUUUGUACUUUUGAUUGGUUCCUACCUGGAGCGGGAGAGGGUUACCUUGUAGGGACUAUCUGUAUCUGUUACUACCUGGAGCGGGAGAGGGUUACCUUGUAGGGACUAUCUGUAUCUGUUACUAGCCCCUGGCCAGAUGUCAGGGCAGUUGCCAAUUGGCUGUGAUUUUUUCUGUGGUUUUUCCAAGAAGCCUGGGCUGUCCUUAAGGCCUAUCAUGGCUGCCAAUUCUAAAAUGGAGUGAUUUAGGUCCUCUCAGUUUGACUGUAGAACACAGGUAUGCCUUCACUACUCUGCUUAUUUGUAGCCACAUUUUGAGAUUGGGAUUUUCAGAUUGAAGGGUCUUCAGGGGUCAGUGGAGCAUAGCUGUGUUACAGUGUUUGCUCACCAUUCAAAGGUCUCUAGGUUUGAUCCCCAACUCUUCAAAUCAACAGAACACCAAAUUAAGUGACUUAAGCUCAGAAAUGCUAAGUGGUUUUUUCCCUUACUAAGUGCGGAAGCUGACAGUGCCCUUCCCUGCAGCUGAGCUGCUUUGCCCAGCUGGGUCCCUAUGAACUGUGAGGUCCUGAGUCUGGUCCUGUCAACCCAGGUCUGUGAUAACAUAAAACCUGGGGCCUCCGUCCUUACCUGCUGCCCUUUUCACAGUCCUGUAGGUAACGGAGCCUGCCGAUGGGCUUGGCACUUCUUCAUGCCUUUUAGGUCAUGAUUGAUAACAGAUUGAGGACUGGAACCUUCUCCAGGGGACUUACCUUACAGGUGGUAUAGGGUGUGGUGGUUCUGACACCGUAUUUUAUAACCUAUCAUGGGACACAAAUUGAGAUCUACUAGUCAAGGACCUAGUGAUGAAAUCCCAAAGUUCGCCAGUUGUCAAGAACACGUAUGCCACUUAGAGGCCUCAGUCUAGUCGCUGUGACUGGAACGUGUGGAAGUGGGGGCUGAGAAUCCCACCCCGGAUGGGGGUUUCUCCCUCACUAUUCUUCUGAAUUAAGACCAGGCCAAGUGAGGUCAACUUCAAAACUUAACUUGGAUUGUUUGAAUGAAGUGGAUUGGUUCAGACCUUAACACUGUGCUUUUAAAGUUAAAAGUAAAAGCGCUUAUUAAGGACUUUGAGGUUAUAUUGCUAGGUUUCUCUUAAAAUUUUUGGUCUUUAGGCAGGGCAUGCCUUUAAUCCCAGCACUUGACAGGAAGAGGUAGGCAGAGUUGCGAGGCCAGCCUAGUCUACAAAACAAGUCCUAAGCCAGCCAGAGCCACAUAGUGAGACCUUGUCUUUGAAAAAUGAAGAAGAAUUGUUCUUGCUGUGAAAGUGUUGGGUUUUUUUUGUUUCCUUUGGCUGGGUUUACUUUUAAGUGAGACAGUGAAUUAGAGGAAGAUGAUGUACCUGGCUGUUUACCUGUGGACACCAUGAUCUCCUUAUUAACCAAUCCAAAGCAUCCACACUCAUGGUUUGAAUUUCCUUAAUGGAAUCUUAAAUAAAUUACCUAUACUUUUUGAUCUGGAGAGUUUCUUAAAAUUAAAGUUUAUCUUUGUAAAAACUUAAAACAGGAAAAAGAAGGGUUGGAGUCAUGUUACAUAACCACCAUUCUGAGUUCUGACCUCUUGGGAGGUGGUAAUUGUUUCCAGGGUUCUGAGGAGUCUUGCAAACCUGCCAGAUAAACUGGGCAGGAACCAAAGAAAAGGCAUUAUUUAGAAAUUUAUAUAUGUGGUAUUUUUAAACUUCUUUGCAUGUAACCUAUCUCAGUGCUUCCCCGCCCCCGUGCGGAGGUCACGUGAGUGUUUUGUAGACUUCGGUCUUAGGACUGUUCUAAGACCCCCAUUUGAUGUCUGAGGCCUGUACAUAGCCCUUGCUUUUUCAUAAAUGUAUGCUCCCAUGCUAUGAUGCUUUUCAGAAUAGCACAGUGGGGUUAAGGAAAAGGCCACGGGGAUUGAAUGCUUGCUGCGCCUGCAGAAGACCUGAGACCUGAGCUUGCUUCCCAGCACAUAUGUAGCGUGACUCACAAUCGCAUGUAACUAGCUCGAGGGGGAUCCAUUGCCUCAGGCUUCAUCAGGCACCUGCGUACAUAACCCCUGUGCACACAACUUAAAGUGAAACUAGGCGAAUGUUCAGUGUAGCCUGUUCCUGAGGCUGUACGUCCAUAUCUCACUUGCAGUAAGUGGCUUGGCGUUGCUCGUGUGGGAGGAUCCCCUGUUGAAAACCUGGUGUCUCAGCUUUUCUGAUGCAGUAUGUUGGCAUCAUUUGGAACUUCUUUUCGUCCCUCUCUUUUCAGUCCCCCACACCUUUCCCCCUUUUCCUUUCUUUAUUUUUCCUUUCUCCUUCUCUUGAGAUAGCAUCUCGUGUUCUCCAGGCUAGCCUCAAGCUCUGUAGAAGAGAACUGAGGGGCUUUAUGCUGCCCCCGCCUCAGGAGGGCGAGGUCACAGGUGCUUGUCCCCGUUGCUGGUGCGUGAUACAGUGGAUUGAACGGGGGCUUCCUUUAUGCUUGGCGGUCGUGCUUCCAUUUGAACUACUUCUCUAACAUCUCAGAUGGCACCAUGUCCCCUGCCCACAGGUCUGAUGCCCUUUCUAACUUAAGUCCUUGCCACACACUGUGACUCUGUCACAGCAACAGACCUGGGGGCAGUUUCCUUUUCCUCCUCACAAUUUCAGAGCAGCUCUUAGCAACUUAGGCUGGUGUGCUUUUCCUUCCCAAAGCCAAAGGCUUUUAACCUUUGCAUGGAAGGCUAUUUUUUUAGUGGGAACACACGCAUGCGCAUGUGCUUAUACUCUGGGACCAGAGCUACUAGAAUUUAAGCUCUGGGAUAGCACAUCUGCUUGUCUCUUAGUCCACUAUAGAGAAUGAUACUAGCUACAUAGAAUGCCAAGUAAUUUAAAAGUUAUGAGCUGUGUAUUUCUGGAAUUUCCUGUUUAGUUUUGAAACUACAGUUGAGCAUGGAUAACUGAAACCACUAAAACGAAAACUGAGGUAAAGGAUAGGAGUGGGUGGGGCCUGCUGUACAGUGCUCUGCUCAGCCACUUGCCCAGGGAUGAGUGCUGAAGUGCUUCUGUGUUUCCUAACCUGCUGCUGCUUUGACCCUUCUGUAUGCCUACUAGAGUCCCUCUGUGCUUCUAGAACAGUGCUGAGCAGUUCAGUGUCCAACAGAGUCUGCCUAAGUACCCUGCAGCUGGCCCUACAACCCAGAUGUUAGAGUCUGCAUGAAGAAAUCAGUGAUUUUUAUGAGUACAUGUCUCCCAGACCCGAGGAGGAGAAGAUGCGGAUGGAGGUGGUGAGCAGGAUCGAGAGUGUGAUUAAGGAGCUCUGGCCCAGUGCUGACGUCCAGAUAUUUGGAAGUUUUAAAACUGGCCUGUAUUUACCUACUAGCGACAUCGAUCUUGUGGUGUUUGGGAAGUGGGAGAACCUGCCUCUUUGGACCCUGGAAGAAGCCCUUCGGAAACACAAAGUCGCUGACGAGGAUUCCGUGAAAGUUCUAGACAAAGCAACGGUUCCUAUUAUUAAAUUAACAGAUUCUUUUACUGAAGUGAAAGUUGAUAUCAGCUUUAAUGUCCAGAAUGGCGUGAGAGCAGCAGACCUCAUUAAAGAUUUUACUAAGAAAUAUCCUGUCCUGCCAUACUUGGUUUUAGUAUUGAAACAGUUCUUACUACAGAGGGACCUUAAUGAAGUAUUCACAGGUGGAAUUGGCUCUUACAGUCUUUUUUUAAUGGCAGUCAGCUUCCUCCAGUUACAUCCCAGGGAAGAUGCUUGCAUCCCCAAUACAAACUAUGGUGUUCUCUUAAUAGAAUUUUUUGAAUUAUAUGGACGGCACUUCAAUUACUUAAAGACUGGCAUCCGGAUAAAGGAUGGUGGUUCCUAUGUGGCCAAAGAUGAAGUACAGAAAAACAUGCUUGAUGGCUACCGGCCAUCAAUGCUUUAUAUCGAAGAUCCUUUACAGCCAGGUAAUGAUGUUGGGAGGAGUUCGUAUGGGGCCAUGCAGGUAAAGCAGGCCUUUGACUACGCCUAUGUGGUGCUGAGCCACGCAGUGUCGCCGAUUGCAAAGUGCUAUCCCAACAACGAGACAGAGAGCAUAUUGGGUAGAAUAAUUAGAGUGACGGAUGAAGUUACCACAUACAGAGAUUGGAUAUCAAAACAGUGGGGCUUGCAGAAUAGGCCCGAGCCUUCAUGCAAUGGAAAUGGUGUUACCUUGAUAGUAGAGACGCAGCAGUUAGAUAAGUGUAAUAAUAAUCUGUCUGAAGAGAAUGAAGCCCCGGGAAAAUGUAGAAGUAAAGCCUCGGAGUCUCUUAGUAAACACUCUUCAAACUCUUCAUCAGGUCCUGUGUCCUCCUCCUCUGCCACACAGUCCAGCUCUAGUGACGUUGAUUCUGACGCAACACCAUGCAAAACCCCCAAACAAGUGCUCUGCCGCCCACCCACUGUCAGCCGGGUAGGCUCACAGGAUGUCUCCUUGGAGGUCUCUCAGGCAGUUGGGAAAAUGCAGAGCACCCAAACCACCAACACGGCCAACAGCACCAACAAGUCACAGCAUGGAUCAGCAAGGCUCUUCCGUUCUUCCAGCAAAGGCUUCCAAGGUACAGCUCAAACCAGCCAUGGUGCCUUGAUGACAAGCAAACAGCAUCCAGGCAAAUCCAAUACUCAGUGUUACCAUGGCAAAAAGAGGAGACACAAGAGGGACGCGCCCCUCUCAGAGCUUUGUAGGUAGUCGGCGCUCUGCGACGGACUGUCUUCUGUGCGCAGUGAUCUCGUGCUCAGGACACUUGCACAGGGACUCCUGGGACGGCAGGAGCCUCACACUGUUCAGACGUUGAUUUAGCAACUGCGUUUUUUCCCAGCUCGCCACGGAAUGGAUCAUGAAGACUGACAACUGCAAAAACAAAAAGCAAGCAAAACAGGGGGAAAAGGCUGCUUAUGCGAUAAGUCAUGUGCUACAACAGGGUCAUUCUAAGAUUCUAAGCUUGAAUGUAAAGUAAAUCUCUCUCUCAUUGGCUCUAUGCAGAGUUAUAGGGACUAGUGCUCAGCGUGGGUAGCUGUAGGGACAAAGAGCAGUUCCAGGAGAUGGGUGGGAAGGUCGGCAGGAGCACCUCAUAGGUAGGAAGUCAGACUCCAAGAGCGAAAGUGAUUUGUGCAUGGGUUUUUUUUUUUUUAAAUAAUUUUGCAUAUAUUUGCCAUUUUAUUGUGUGUAUAUAUAGAAGACCAUAUAGGAAAUUGAUAUUUGUAAUAGUGGAUUUGUUAAUACUUUUUACAUAACAUUACUAUUUGAAUUGUAAACAGAUUUUUUUCUCAGGAUUAGUUUGAAGAAUAAUCUGAGUUGUCAUUCUAACACAUGCAGGGAAGUGAUUAGCUCUGGUCCUGUUUGUUUUCUUCAGCAUUGAAAUGACUUCAUAGAACCCUUGUGACCUGCUUCAAAAUUCUUUCCUCUCUAAAGAAAAGGUUUAUGGUGGCAAAUGAUGUUUAUUUUAUUUUGUAAAAAAGAGAAAAUGUACUAUGUACUUGUGUAUACACUGAACACCCUCUAGUCAUCUCAGAGUUAAGGCACCUGCUCUAAGUGCUGCUGUCCUCUGGGCGCUGGGCCUUAGCAGGACUUGUGUGUGUUUCCUAGCAGUCUUUUUUCCCCUCCCCUACUCUUCCCCAAAGGAAACAAAAGGCCUCCCUGGGCCUGGGCUGUUUCUGUCACAGUGCGACCGACCGACCUCUAGCUCCACAGCCCUCGCUCGGCUCGCUCACUCACUCGCUCGCAUGCUGGCUCCUCUGACCCUGCGUCCCGUCCUGUGUGCUUGUGGUGUCCUCUCUCAUUCUUUUUAGGUUCAUGCUUACUACUGUGGGAGAGUAACUGUAAACAGCUUUAAUUAAAUCAUACUUAUAAAAAAACUAUUUUCUUAUACUCCACUUUAUGCUUUUGGUAUUGUUGAUCUUUAAAAAUUAAAUGGUCUUUGAUAAUGGAUCGAUUUUGUAUUGCCUUAUUAAGACCAAAUACUUCUUGUCAUCCCAUUCUUUAUCCUCUCCUUUAAUGGAAUUGCUGUCUUUAAUUAAAACUUUGUAAACACUGGCUUGUUUUAAUCAUCCUGUAACUUUUGGCUGUGGUCAGCUAUAAGUGCAACCGUGUAAUCCUGUUACUCAUCGCCUGCUGAGUCCUGAGACUCAGGUGGGGUAUUUAACACGAUGGAUUGUACGCUCUGCUCGCUCGUCAUCAGAGUGGUCUUAGGAGGUGAAAGCCCUCCUGUCUGUCCAGCAUCGGUGUGUGUGUGGCUCUGUUCAGUACGGCCAUUUCCAAGAUGGAUUCUUUUAUAUGUGUGUGUGUGAAGUACUGUUGGCUUUUAGGGGUUUCUUUUCUAUUCACAUAGGAAAUACUGAAGACCAAUCAGACCAUUAAUGGACACUUAGUGAAACUUUUUAUAAUGAGAAUAAUGCUAUAAAGUAAGACCAAAACCGGUGUCAUCACUGAAAUUAACAAUUUUCAAUAUGUUCAUAUUUUAAUUUACAAUGGGGGAAAAUGUGUUCCACAACUGGAAACUUACAGUACUGUGUAAACGGUGGACGAUUUUAAUGUGAUGUUACUUUGACUGUUUUCAAUUUUAGAGUCACAUUUUAUUCUGAUCAGAGUUUUUAUCAAGAUGUUGAAGUUUUGUUGUUUUGAAACUAGUUUGUCAUAACCUAUUGUGCGUAAUCACAGUAUUUAUUUUGUAGGGCUUGUGAAUGUGUAGACUUAUGUUUACUGCUAAGGGAACAAUUAUUUAUAAAAUAAUAUUAAAUCCAGUAUUAGCUGCCUAUUUCAGACACUUAACACCUGCAGAGAUCGGUGUUACAUUUACCACACUGGUUUUUUUUAAAGAAUCACCCUCAUUGUCGGAAGCAAAUGUACUCUUAGGUGGGGUUUUAGUGUCCAGUACGCAUGUGAUUAUAUUACGGUGGUAGCGGGAAGAUAAUCUUGAUUCCAUUGGGAAUCUUAGGUUUUCGUAAAUUUAUUGGGAAAAUAGUUUUUCCUGUACUGCUGACGUUUCUUUUUGGUAAACAGUAUCUUUCUAAAAGAAAAAAGCAUGAAGGAGAAUUGAGGUGUGUAUACAUUUCCCCAGAUGACAGCAUUGUAUUCGUGAGUACUGUGUAUCUGGACUGAGCAGCGAGCAACGCUGUUCAUUUUUCAAUCUGAAGUAAAAUACUUUGAAGAACUUUCA